GAGUUCAUAUGGAGUGUCGUGAUCGUUACUUCAUGAUAGCUGUUGAUCUCUCCUACUCUGGGAAUGAACCUUCCUUUGAGGCGGUUGAUGAGACGGGUGUGUACCCCAUCACUAAGGAGUAUGCAGCAAAGUGUGGCUACAGUGUCAGUGUUGUCCCUGCAUUGGAACAUCUGGAGCUCAGAGCCUCUUACUUCAGCUGCAACACUGACAACAAGGAGGAUGAAGUAUUCACAUUCAACUUCAACCUGAUUGUGACACACAAAGGAAGGGAAGUCACUUCUGCUUUACACAAAAUCUGUUCUCCCCCUCUUCCCUGGUCUCCCAGAGAGGUCACCUGUGAGGUCAACUACAUGGAAGUGUCUGUGAGUAGUGACAUGGCCUGUCCAACUGAGACAAAGGAUGACUGGAAUGCCCUUUUCAAAAGGGCCUAUUCCUCAGCCGCUUCAGAUUGGCAGGUGAUGUUUCAGACGGCGCAGCCGGGGGUGUUGCCCAUUAGCCUCAACACGGCUAAGAUGAGUGGAUAUACAUUUGACUUGACAGAUGGAAGGCUUGUAUUUCGUACUCCGUAUGGACAACCUGAAUCAUACACCACUGAGGUGAAUGGUGUUCCAGUAGAGGUGGUCCAUGCAACACUAUUGUCCCGACUAGGCUGGGUGUUAGUCGUGGUUGACCUGGUGGCUGCUUGCUCAAUGGAUAAAGGAUCAUAUGACAACAGUAGCUACAUCAUGUGGGAGACUUCUGAGGUGCUGCAUCCAUGGGUGUCUGGUCUAAACCAGAUGCAGGUCAACAUUGGCAUCAAUGGGGCACUUGUGGAGCAGCCAGUUGCAGAGAAGAGAGGCUACAUUGUGAAGCAGCACAACUCCACAGUUGAGAUCAGCAUCCCCUAUAAGGCUGAAGGAGGAUACAGGAAGAGCAUUGUGUCUGGGAACCUAUACGAGUUCUUCAUCUUUCAUCUCUACUUGGAGCAAAUCUCAGUGGAUGAGGGUCAUGGUGACACCAGACUUCGCAUUCACAGGACACUGGCCACUCCCCUGCUGCCAUGCCAUAUUUUCACUGAAAACAGAACAGUUCCUGAGGUGCGCUCAUUCACGGUCUACCUCGGGGAUGUCCCGGAAGACGUUGAGUUGGUGUCAGUUACUUUGAAUGGCCAAGACUUUACAGUUCCCUUCACAAAUGCAAGCAGCCACAACAUCACAGAAGUGUUUAUUCCCAACAACACUCAUGGCUACGUUCUGAAGGUGCCUUUUGAUGACCCUGUUGUCCAGCAGUUAAUCAAAGAUGCAACAGUUCAGUACAGGCUUGACAUCAACUACACCCUGACUGUUCUGCCUGAAAAUGAGCCUUUUUACCAUCUAGCAUCCGUGAUGGCGGUAACCAAUGCCUUUCCUAUGGCCUUUGAUGCUGUCUGUUCUGAGUCUGGCAUCAGCUUCAAACUGGACCACCGGCCUAUUCUCUCCCUGUGGGAGAUCAGUAUAGGCUCAGAGCUGCUGACAUCAGAGCUGGCAGCAAAGUACGGCUACAUCAUGAGCAACAAUAGCCAGAGACUGCUGCUCGAGGUGCCACUCUUCACUCAUGGCUACAAGUACAAGAACAUUACUUUAAAGGACUUCGUUGGCACUUUUGAGCUCCUCGUGCGGAAUGGGGAAACGGAGGGCCAAAUUUCAACUGUCAAGACUUGCCAGUUCUCUGCUACUGAACUCAUUGUGUGUUCAGCUGAUGGCAGGAUAACUGUGGUGGCUGACUUGUCUCUGGCCAUCACGAGUGAAGGAGUUCCUGCUAGAAUCAACCUGUUGGACAAAAACUGUAGACCCAAAGAGAUGGACGGCACCAGGGCUCUCUUCUCUUUUCCAAUCAAUGGCUGUGGAUCCACAGUCAAGCUUGGCAAGGAGUCUGUGACUUACAAAAACGAGAUUUUCUUCAGCAAGGAGUUGAAUGCACCAACUGUCUCCAGCAAUGAUUUUGACAGGGUGACAAUCCAGUGUACAUAUGCUCUGGCUGGACUACUCUCAGUAUACAGGUUUCAGUCUGACACGGCUGGUGUUGGCCGUAUUGUGCAUUCUGCACACUCCACUGAAGGUCUACUGGGUCCCACCAUCAAGCCCACUACAGUGCCUCAAACUUCAUCCACUCAAACAAAUGUUUCAGCUGAACCUGCUCGGUAUAUUGUAGCCAGCUUUCCAAACAAUGUCUCAAUCACCACCUCUAGCAUUCCAGGCACCAUCACUAGCAACAUGUCUAGCGUUCCAAGCAUCGUUGGUAUUCCAGGCACUGUCGCUAGCAUCUCUAGCACCACCUCUAGCAUUCCAGGCACUGUUGCUAGCGUCCCAGGCAAUGUAUUGAGCACCACCACUAGUAUUCCAGGCUUGAGCAACAUCUUUAGCAGGCCAGGCACUGUUCCAGGCCCCAUUGCUAGCAUCUCCAGCACCAUCUCUAGCGUUCCAGGCAAAGGCUUGAGCACAGUUGCUAGUGUUCCAGGCACCAUCACUAGUGUUAAAGGCCCAAUCUCUAGCACCACUAGCGUUCCAGGCUUGAGCACAGCUGCUAGCGUUCCAGGCAACGGCUCUAGCAUGCCAGGCACUGUUCAGGGCCCCGUUGCUAGCAUCUCAAGCACCAUCUCUAGCAUUCCAGGCACAGUCUUGAGCACCACUAGCAUUCCAGGCACAGUCGCUAGCAUUCCCAGCACUGUCUCCAGUGUUCCGGGCCCUGUUCUUAAACUGAACCCUUAG